UCGAGCUGGUCUAGACCCCGGCUGACGGCCAGUGUGGAGGCUCGCGCCCCUGCCCGGGCGAUGGCAAGUACUGCGACCAACUGCCCAAGUCCAACUGCACCGUGUGGCUGACAGAUCUACUCAUCCACCUCCAUCCACAGCCAGCCGCCCGCGUAUCAGUCAAAGGCUCGUCCCGCAAAGCUCCAGUGCCCAUUGACAUUCGGUACUGCCACUGUGCCCUGCGAAAGGCUCCCAGUCUCGAAGAAGAUGUCGCAGCUCCCGACGUGCGUUCUUGCGCUGCGCCCCGCUCGUCAAUCGGCGAAGCGCAAGAAAUACAUCGGGGUCGUUCCUCAGGCUAUAUCGCGCUCAGUCCUCCGGAUCGCAGUGGAGCUCGCGCUUUCCGUGGGCAUCUUCCUGCUAUGUGUGUUGUUGACGCGGCGGGUCCUAGGCAUUUCCUCUCUGUCAACUACAACAUAUGGGGACCGAGCGAGCGCCAUCGCACGUCCGCCAUCCGAGGCACGUCCAUCCGGACGUUGGGAACUGUUCCAACGGUCGCUGGACGACGCAGGCGCUCUCUCCGACUCCAUCCUAGCCAUGGACAUCACCGAUUGGGACAUCCUACUGGACAUGUACGACGAGCCCGAGGUGCACAUCGAGCACGAAUUGCGCAAGAGGGACUACGCGUCGGAUGUCGCGCUGCAGCAGCCGCUUCACUUCAGUCUCGAUUCAGUGCAGGAAGACGCUCAUGGCCGCGACGUCGUAACGACUCCACAAAAUCUAGUCGCUUCCUUUCGGCAGACGAAGACCAAGCAUCGAUAGAACCAGGUGUUCGUCGCCCAAUUAGCCAUGCCUUGGACUUUGCGGAGGCACACACUACGCCCAUACGGCAGAGGACUUCAGCCUCGAUUGUCCUGUCUUGAGAUAGAGCCUAGACUCACUCCCAUCGGGACAGUACGUGUAGUAGCUUCGUAGUAGGACGACGCAUAGAACACACACUUGUAUCAAAUUCAGGCUUCUGCAUUACUACUGUACUUGUCUUCACAGAUUGUCGUUAUACACAGAGCUCCCACAUGCCCCGUCUGAGUCCACCGCUCAAUGUCCCGCACGCAUCGGCUUCACCUCCUGCAUACGCUGCAUCGUCUCGCGCAGCUCCGCCUCCGCAAACGCCGCCGCCUCCUUCGCGACUACGAGCUUCUUCUCCAGCUCG